UGGGUAGGGACCACUUGGACCAAAGAGGAAUCAACGCGAUUUCAUUUCAACGCAGAAACAACGCAUUCAGUAGGCAGUGGACCCGGGCGCCUUGUCGAAGCCGAGCCCAUUGUCUGCUUUUGACAGAGCAGCCAAGGAAAACCGCUCGAUUAAUUAAACCACUAAAAGGGAGCGAAUAGCCCGGAAAAGGAGUGUCUAGUGGUAGGCAUUGCGGUUUGUGAUCCACGGAAAAGGGCAGGACACGGCCAAAGCGAAAGCGCCCAGUAACCUAUAGCUUAUAACGGAAAAUGAACCACAUUCAAGUUUUAAUAAUAUGAAUAAGAACCGCGUUUUGUUGCAAUUGGCGACCAAGGAUUGAUGCGUCUGUGCAAUCUCGUUUUCAGACAACUAGCUAGUUCCCGCGGACUUCUUUUGAUUACAUCGUUUUGAACUCCUAGAAUAGGGGUCUAUUCAUUUGUUUUCCUAUUGUUAAGAGUUACUUGUUCAACCCAAGAUGAAUUUCCAAUCGGGGUCGGUGUCCGGUAUCGUGCAGCAGUCUCAACCGGCCAUGCCCACCCCAGGCACGGUCCCAGCGCCCGUUCCGGUACCAGUACCCCAGUCCAUCCCGUCCCAGUUCGGAUCAGGAUCAUCCGGAGGCUCAGGGCAGGGUCAGUUCGGUUCGGGGACAGUAUCAGGACAGGCUUCCCAGGCCGGCCAACAAGGCAACCAGCAGUUUGUUUUGUCCAACUCGGCAGCCAUCCGGGCUGAGAUACAUCGGUUCGAAUCGGUCCACCCGAACAUUUACUCAAUCUACGACCUGAUCGAACGCAUCGAUGACAUGGCCCUGCAGAAUCAGAUCCGAGAACAUGUGAUCUCUAUUGAAGACUCUUUCGUCAACAGCCAGGAGUGGACAUUGAGUCGAUCAGUGCCAGAGCUCAAAGUGGGUAUUGUGGGUAAUCUGUCAAGUGGGAAGUCGGCCCUGGUCCACCGGUACCUGACAGGCACAUACGUGCAGGAGGAAUCCCCUGAAGGUGGUCGGUUCAAGAAGGAGAUGGUGGUUGAUGGACAGAGCUACCUGCUGCUGAUCAGAGACGAGGGAGGCCCCCCGGAGCUGCAGUUUUCAGCGUGGGUAGACGCUGUGGUGUUUGUCUUCAGUCUGGAGGAUGAGAUCAGUUUCCAGACAGUCUACAACUAUUUCCUGCGUCUGUCCAGCUACAGGAACACAGCAGAGGUCCCCAUGGUCCUGGUCGGGACACAAGAUGCCAUCAGUGCUGCCAACCCCAGAGUGAUCGAUGACUCGCGGGCCAGGAAGCUGUCCAACGACCUGAAGCGCUCCACCUACUACGAGACCUGCUCUACCUAUGGCCUCAAUGUGGAACGAGUCUUCCAGGAUGUUGCCCAGAAGGUGGUGGCUCUGAGGAAAAAGCAGCAGCUGUCUAUUGGUCCGUGCAAGUCCCUGCCCAAUUCUCCCAGCCACUCAUCAGUCCCCAACGCAUCCAUCCCCUCUGUGCAUAUUAACCAGUCGGCAAACGGCGGGGGUGCGUUCAGUGACUACUCCUCCUCGGUGCCCUCCACUCCCAGCAUCAGCCAGAGAGAGAUGCGCAUCGAGACCAUUGCUGCCUCCAACACGCCCACACCCAUCCGCAAGCAGUCCAAGCGCCGCUCCAACAUCUUCACAUCACGGAAAGCCAACAGUGAACAGGCAAAGAACACUGACAGUAAAACAGAUAGCAUAGGCAGUGGAAGGGCCAUACCCAUCAAACAGGGCAUCCUUCUGAAGAGAAGUGGGAAGUCCCUGAAUAAGGAGUGGAAGAAGAAAUAUGUCACACUGUGUGACAACGGCCUUCUCACCUACCAUCCCAGUUUACAUGACUACAUGCAGAACGUGCACGGUAAAGAGAUUGACCUGUUGAGGACCACGGUCAAGGUGCCAGGGAAGCGACCACCCAGAGCGGUCACCACCAUCGCCCCCACCGCCAGCCCCAAGACCAACGGGCUGACGAAGGACCGCAGCACCCUGCAGCUAGGAGUAGACACUACAGGUGCACCCCACUCUAACAGUAGUACGUCCCUCCAGUCAGAGCAUUCGGUCGGCGGAGGAAAUCUGGUGGGCUUCGGGGGCAGUAAAGACUGCAUGCACCAACGCUCCUUCUCUGUGUCCAGCGCUGACCAAUGGAACGAGGCCGUCAUCAACACCAGUGCAAGCACCGGAACCGCCAACGAGAUGUGCGAGCCCCUGACCUGCAGCUCUGGAGUGGGCAGUGCCACCAGUCCCAAGCAGGAGCCUCCCCCUUCGCCUCACGCCAACCGCAAGAAACACAAACGGAAAAAGAGCACAGGCAUCACCAAGCCAGACGGACCAUCUACAGGCAACGAAGAGUCGGAGGAGUCGUUUGAGUUCACCAUAGUGUCUCUGACGGGCCAGAUGUGGCACUUUGAAGCGUCUACGUUUGAGGAGAGAGAGCUGUGGGUCACCGCCAUUGAGAGCCAGAUCUUUGCCAGCCUGCAGUCCUGUGAGAGCAUGAAGAACAAGUCUCGGUUAGGCAGCCAAAGUGACGCGGCGUCCAUUCAGUCCAUAAGGAACGUGAGAGGGAACAGCUUCUGUGUGGACUGUGAUGCAGCCAACCCUGACUGGGCCAGUCUGAACCUGGGGGCUCUGAUCUGUAUAGAGUGUUCAGGGAUCCACAGGAACCUGGGGACCCACCUGUCAAGGGUGAGGUCUCUGGACCUGGAUGACUGGCCUGUGGAGCUCAGCAUGGUGCUGAUGGCUAUAGGCAACACCAUGGCCAACAGUGUCUGGGAGGGGGGCCUGGAGGGGUACACCAAGGUGGGCGCUGACAGCACCAGGGAGGAAAGGGAGCGUUGGAUCCGGGCAAAGUAUGAGCAGAAGCUGUUCCUUGUGGGUGUCCCCCAGUCGGACGUACCCCUGGGGCAGCAGCUGCUUCGGGCUGUGGUGGAGGACGACCUGAGGCUGGUGGUGCUGCUGCUGGCCCAUGGCACCAAGGAGGAGGUCAACGAGACGUACGGGGACGGGGAUGGACGCACCGCCCUGCACCUGUCCUGCGCCAUGGCCAAUGUGGUCAUCACCCAGCUUCUCAUCUGGUACGGUGUGGAUGUGAAGAGUCGGGACGCGCGCGGCCAGACACCGCUGUCCUGCGCCCAGCGGGCAGGAAGUCAGGAGUGUUCUGACAUCCUGCUCCAGCACGGCUGCCCCAAUGACCCUGUCAGCAGCCUGACCACACCCAACAUGAGCCGCCGAAACCCCGAUGUUAACCCCAACCCUAAUGUCAACAAUAACAACGCCCUCGGUGAACUCAACCGCAGUGUCAGUAUCAUGUAGGACCAGGAGUGGACCUGACCGGAGCGGACCGGACUCACGGAUCACCAAGGCCCCUGAACAUACACACACUGUGUCCCCAUAGACUACCCAGUGAUCGUAUUACUCUCCCAGUCCCUAGUCCUCAUUCUCCUCUUACUCUGCUUCAUACUAUGUAACCUAGACUGAGUAACUGACAGUGGAGUUUUUUUUGUUUGCGCAACGGACAGCAUAGAGAUAUUCCACGACGCUGAGAGAGGGGCUUACCUGGUGGACAUUGUAUAUUGUAUUUGUUUGUUGUUGUUUUUCUCAUAUCAUCACCACAGAGGUGCAUCUCUGUCAGAAAUGAUCAUGAUCAGCUUUAAAGCUUGUUAUUGUUAUUAAGCAUCAACCAAAUGAAUGGCUCGAGAUUUCUUCAUGUUUUUGCCAUUCACCCCGCCCCUCCUCCACUCUGUACUAAAACAGUUCGUUUUUAUGCUUGAACAUUUCCUUUCAGGUCUUCCUCUGUUGGAGCCAAACUGUGUUUUUAUUGUACUGUUAUAUGAAAUGACUAAUUCCAUCCAUUCAUGCUUCCAUGCCUACCUGGAGAAAGAUAAACACCUUCGUAACAGUUUGCAUUAGAUACUCAUAAGGAACUUGGAUGCACAGCACAUGGUAAGUGAUACCAUGCAUAGUCAUACAGGAAAGAAGCUAUUACUAUAGAUCAUGUAACAGAGCUUACGACAAGUAAGGUCCUCCAUAAUCCAUGUCCCACCAAUAUCAGAAUUAUUAAGGUUCUAUUUGACCCAGUUAUUAUUGGUACUAUGAAGCUAUCAAAUUCUUGACAUGCCAUUCAUGUACAAAAGCAAAGCAUGUCUAGAUGGAAGGUCAAAAAUGAUUGAAAUACUUUACUUGGGGGCAAAAGGUUUAAAUCAUAAUUUGACAUUUAAGAAAUUAUUGCACAAUGGGAGAAUUUUGGGAGAUAGUAAAGUGAGUGGUUUGUUCCUCUUGCUAAUCAUCCAUUAUUAUAAGGGAAUUGAUGGGUCUGUUUUAUGAGCAACGGGCUGAAUGUUUUUUGUAAAGAUUCCUCUUCAAUCAAAAAUCAUUCACAGGGAUGUCUGAAGGAUGGAAAUGUUAUCAUUAAGACAUCUUUUGUUGGAGUAAUUUUUUAAUGGGUUGAAGAGUGUUGAUAAUUACUUGACACAGAUCACAUAUCCUAGCCCAAUUUUCAAACACCUACAGGCGUAAUGGAAUAUCUGUUCACCUCCUGUUUGGUACUCAUGAUACUGUUUCUUCUGUUGUUGCUGUGAACUGUGUGUGUGUGUGAGUGAGAGAAUGUGAGUGAGAUAAAGAGAGAGAGCAAGUGACUGAGUAAAUCUUUGUAAGGACACCAUUGGGAGAAAAGGUUAACAUUUUAUAGUUGUUUGACUAAAAGGUGUUUUCAAGUGUACAUACCUAAAGUAGCUCUUCCUCCUAUAAGACUUAUCCUGAAACAGUGUGGAUUAACUUUGACUUCUAGAGUCGUAAUUUCCUCUCCAACUGACUUGACUUUAACCAACCAUCCAACCCCUCCUCCUUACUCAAUGGACCUAACCAUGUACAUUCAAGUGUCAGACUGUUGAGAUAGAGACUGAACGGGUCAAGAAGGGAUGAAGAGGAAAGCUGAGAUGACUUGACACUCUAUGGUAAUUCUUCAUGAUAAUAUCAUAUGUAUAUAUCAUUUCUGGGACAAGACAAGAUAAAGGAGGAAGGACUUUGACCACAGGAACAUUCAAGUGAUAUUGGCAUAAAGUCUAUAGUGACAUGUAUUUGUCCUCGCUCUUCCGCCGUUUUAAGGAUUGAAAUUAAAACCCUGUUUUCUGGUCUUUAGUUUUACUAUGGCAGUGUUUAUGUUUACAGGGCAAAGGCUCUUCAUAUUAACCCUGGUACAUUAUCUAUAUGGUUUUGUUGAUUCCCAGCGGGCAUAACUGGUUGGAAAUACAUCAGUGUAACCAUAUUACAAUCUGGUUGUAAACUGGUUGGAAUUACAUCAUUUAAACCAGCUUGGCCCGGUGUAUUCCCUCAGUAUGUGUAGUUUAUUGAAGCUCACAGAAUAUCAAGAUGUGGUCAAUCAGGAAUAACCUGUAAAAUACAGGGUACACUUUCAUCCCUGUUGUCCUGAACUGGCCCUCAGAUUCAACCAAAUUACAUUUAGACUGAUGGUCAACAGAGCUUGUAGACAGCCUUAAGUUAUAAUGGUACAUUGACGAGUUGUUAGGUGUAGAGUACGUGUACAAACCACCAUGGCACCAACUUAUUUCAAUGAAUUCUUGAGUACAUUUCCAAUUAUUUCUUAUAGGAGUUUAAGGUAUAUACUUACCUGAUGCCAUAGGACCGUAUUCACCCUUGUAAUAUUUCCCUUCCCCACUACUCUUAAUGUUGCCUGACUAUAACCAUUAUUCUAAGCAAAGUGUUUUCCCCCAAAGACAGGCUGUUCUGAUAUGGCACCCUAUUCCCUAAACAGAGCUCUAUUUUUUAUCAGAGCUCAAUGCGGGACCAGGUCAAAAGUAGUGCUCUAUAAGGGAGAAGGUUAAUUACCAUUUUGGACGUGCCCAGGAUGUACUUUAGAUAUGGGUCCAAUAUCCUCUAUGACCAGAUAAGCUUCCAGAAAAACAAUUGGAAAUAUUUUAGUUUCUGGUCACUCUUUCUUGACUUGUCAACCCUAUUUUUAUCUUGUUAAUUUUUUUCCUCUUUGUUUUUAAGCAUAUUUGUAGGUACUUUGGUCUCAAUGUAUCUAUAUAGGGCCCCGUGUAGCUCAGUUGGUAGAGCAUGGCGCUUGCAACGCCAGGGUUGUGGGUUCGAUUCCCACGGGGGGC